UUCAGAGAUGAUAGCUGUCUGAGGAUCAGAUCACCUCUCUGGGUUAUUCAGAGAUGAUAGCUGUCUGAGGAUCAGAUCACCUCUCCGGGUUAUUCAGAGAUGAUAGCUGUCUGAGGAUCAGAUCACCUCUCUGGGUUAUUCAGAGAUGAUAGCUGUCUGAGGAUCAGAUCACCUCUCUCGGUUAUUCAGAGAUGGUAGUUGCAUUUGCUGUAGCGUCGGGUUAAACUCUCACUCUGCUUUGCUUUGUCAGCCUGAGAUCUGACAGUUCAUGCACAUUUUCAAAAGGCAACAUUUUCAUGCAUUGCAAAUCAUUAUAACCCGUGUACAACUGAAGAGGCGCUGCAGCUAAAUUCUCAUUGUUGUGCCCUGUAGGUAAUCGGCAGGGAAAGCAGCACACUGCGCUAGAUUUGGAAAGCUUUCUGCACCAGAUCGUCAUUAGCUCGAUUUGUCAGACCGGAAAGACACAUACAGUAUAUUAGUUUUAAAAAAGCAAACAGGUUAAACAGCUCCGUGAUCUUUAGCUGGUUCUUUCAGAUUUACAGAUUGUAUUUAUUUAUCUAAAUAAGGUUGCGGGUAAAUGCGAUUGAGAAUCCAGCCCUUUCUAUCUGAAAUUCAAUGCAAAUAGUUAAAAAACCAAAUACAUACAUAAUAAAUGAACAUAUUAUUUAUAACAUGCCAUUGUUACAAUACGUCAUUUUACUUAUUACAAGAACUAUGUUUACUUCAUCCGUUUUUAAUUAUGUAUAACACUGCACGGUGAUGCAGUGUCAAAACAUACGCGUCUGUUGGAACACAAUACUCCAGCGGUGUGAAAGUGCUGAUCGAAACUAUUUCCGAGCAUGGAUCACAUAGCACUGCGGUGCCUCGUUCCCUCUCAGCUUUCUUGUUUGUUAUUUUUCACUCGAGUUGAGUGCCUUGCUGUGCCCAUGGCUGGAUCUCUUCAUUAUUACGCGGUCUUCUGGUCGAAGGACGUUGACAACCCCAUCUCAGCGGUGCACGCAGAGCCUGCGAGCCGCUCCGAUACACGCGACCAGGAUGAAGAUUGCGCUUCCCAGCUGCAAAGACAGAAACCCAAAAAGAAAAAGCAAGAGCCCAGCGUGAGACAGGCCAACGACACGGAGAGCAAACCCAGGAAGACAAGGAAGAGCAACGAGCAGGAGAGCACUGCCACACAGAAUGGAAAGAAAAUAAAGAAAAAGAAACCUGACAAAGAAAAGAACGAGCCUGCAGAAAAAGAACCAAAGAAAAAGACUAAAAUGGUGCCCAAAAAGAAGAAAGACUCGGACGAUGAUGACGGAGAUGAGCAGGAUGACCCCCCAGAAGAAGCUCCCGUUAAAAAGACGAAAAAGAAAACUAAAAAAGACACGGCCUCCAGAGAUGCCGCCGCGGACGAGAAAUCCCAAACAAAAGAGGAGAAAAAUGAGACAGAAGCCAAAGGAGAAGUGACUAAACCCAAGAAGAAGGAGUCUGCCUCCAUGUUCCAGGUACAGGAGAGCAAACCCGAGGCCAAGGGGAAAAAGAAAGAGUCAAAGUCAGAAGGAGAGGAGAGCGGCAGUGACUCCAAACAGACCAAGAAAAAGAGCACAGCAAACCCCACCGCGAUGUUCCAGACAGGGGGCGAGGCCAAAGACAAGAAGGGCAAGAAGCAGAAAGAUACUGCGAAAUCAGAGGAGAACAAGAGCGAGGAGGAAAACGAGGCAGCCCAGAAAAGCACCAAGAAGAAGGGCAAGGGCAAAAAGGCCAAAAAAGAGGAGGAGCGGCCCCCGUCGCCAGUCAUCGAGGUGGGCAAUCUGGAGGAGUUUGUGCUGGGACCCGCCCCCCAGGGCGUGACGAUCAAGUGCAAGGUCACCCGCGACAAGAAGGGCAUGGACCGGGGCCUCUACCCUACCUACUACCUGCACCUCGACAACGACAAGAAGGUGUUCCUGUUGGCUGGGAGGAAACGCAAGAAGAGCAAAACGUCCAAUUAUCUGAUCUCUGUAGACCCCACAGACAUGUCCCGGGAUGGGGAGAACUUCAUCGGAAAGUUGAGGUCCAAUGUAAUGGGGACCAAAUUCACUGUGUUCGAUAACGGGCUCAACCCUGACAGGGCGAGCUCUGACUGGUCGAAAGUGCGCCAGGAGCUCUCAGCUAUCAUUUAUGAGACCAACGUUCUGGGAUUUAAAGGGCCUCGCAGGAUGACUGUGAUCAUUCCUGGGAUGAACGAGGACAGUGAGCGUGUGCCAAUUCGACCCAGGAAUGAUAACGACGGGCUCCUGAUUCGCUACCAGAACAAGAACAUGGAGAACCUGAUCGAGCUGCACAACAAGACGCCGGUGUGGAACAACGAGACGCAGUCCUACGUGCUCAACUUCUCCGGGAGAGUGACGCACGCCUCCGUCAAGAACUUCCAGAUCGUACACAGCAAGGACGUGGACUAUAUUGUGAUGCAGUUCGGGCGGGUCGCAGACGAUGCCUUUACUCUGGACUAUAAUUACCCCAUGUGCGCCGUGCAGGCGUUUGCCAUUGCGCUGUCCAGCUUCGACGGCAAGCUGGCCUGUGAAUAGAGGAGGCAAAGGACAGCGGGACAGCGGGACAGCGAGUCAGGGGACAGGCUGCCGUUUAUGUUUGUUUUUUUAAAUACUUCUAACCAAUUCCACACCACAUUGGAAGUGUCGAUGAUAGAGCUAGGAGGAUGUCAUCAGGAGAAGGGAUGCUGGUGUUUUGACAGCUCGAUUACUGAGAGUCUGCAAAACAUGCGGGAAAUGGAAAACUUUCUCCCAGCUAAUCCAAUUCAAAACUUGCAUUUACAAUACAUCAACUAGGAAUCCAGAUUGUAUCUCUCAAAACUGUCUCUUUUUUU